AGUGAACUCUGUGCUGGGGUCCAGAAAGUUUGAGGUCUGGCUGAACUCUCACUUUGCAUACUUACCAGAUCAUUCAAACUGCCCUCUUUCAGCCCCCAUGGCCACUACUAUCACAGACUCACAGAAGCCUUUCUCUUUGGACCCCUACCAUGUCUCUGAGGAAUUUGGCUUCAUCCUCCCUUCACCCCUGGCAGAGUUGCCGCCAUACUACCAGCCCUGGAUGGACAUUGCCCAGCAUGUUACAGAGCUCAUUUACUCUCACAUGCUGCGCUCCCACAUUCUCAAGAUGCCCCUGCUGAACACCCAAUUCCUGGAGAGCCACAGAGAGCUGCGUCUGGCCCACUUGGCCCUGAGUGUGAUGACCAUGGGUUACGUGUGGCAGGAGGGAGAGGAUGACACAGUCAAGAUGCUUCCCCGCAACCUGGCCAUUCCAUACUGUGAGGUGUCUCAGCGCCUAGGACUUCCUCCCAUCCUUACCCAUGCAGACGCAGUACUGGCUAACUGGAAGAAGAGGGAUCCACAGGGACUGUUUGACAUGGAGAACUUGGAGCUGCUUGUCACGCUGCCUGGUGGGGACAGUGUGAGAGGGUUCUUCAUGGUCACUCUGCUAGUGGAGCUGGCUGCAGUGCCAGCCAUUAAGAGUAUUCCUUUGGUUAUUAAUGGGGUCCAGUGCGGUGAUGUUGAGACUGUAACCAGAGCACUAGAAGAAUUCAGCCAGGCAAUGCAGGGCAUGACAGAUGCACUUAAACUGAUGCAUGUGUAUGUCAAACCAGAAGUCUUCUAUGGCAUUAUGAGGAUCUAUCUGUCUGGGUGGAAAGACAACUCCUCCAUGCCAGCUGGGUUGGUGUAUGAGGGCGUCCAGGCAGAGCCUAUGGAGUAUUCUGGUGGGAGUGCUGCCCAGAGCAGUCUCCUGCACUGCUUUGAUGAGCUGCUGGGUGUCAAACAUGAAGCAAAGAGUGGUGCCUUUCUGACCCGUAUGAGGAACUACAUGCCCCCUUCCCACAAGCGUCUGAUCCAGGACAUCUCUCUGCAGCCCUCCCUGCGAGGCUUUGUCCAGCAGCAGGCCUGUGGGGGGCUGACCGAAUCCUUCCAGCUCUGUGUGACCAAGCUGCUUGCCCUCCGCAGCUACCACAUCAACGUGGUCAGCCGCUUUAUCACUGUGCCCGCUGCCCGUGCCCGACAGCUCCGAAACCAGGGGAACAUUUCCCAGGAGGAGACUGUCAGCAGGGCGCCCACGGCACUGGAGGAGACGGGCACCGGAGGCUCAGGCAUCAUGAGCUUCCUAAAGACUGUAAGGGACCGCACACGGGACGUCUCAAUUUAAACCAUCAGUGUUGGAUUCCAUUAAAUGCAACCACUAAUUUCUUAAUUUAAUCUAAAAUAGAAUGCAAAAUAUGUAUCAGAUGACUAGUCCAGACCGACUGUGCUCAUAUCACAAUCCCCAAUUCCUGCAUGAGAGUCAGAAAACUCUCAUGCAAGAAAUCUCGCACUUACAGUGCAUUCGGAAAAUAUUCAGACACCUUGACUUUUUCUACAUUUUGUUAUGUUUAAGUAUUAUUCUAGAAUUGAUUAAAUAAUAAAAAACUGAAAUAUUACAUUUA